AUGUCUGAGAAUGAACUUGACACUGUGAGCAUUGUGAACUCGUGUCUAGCCGCCCACGGGAAACUUCAAUCGCCUUGGUUUUUAUGUGAUGUAUCUGCUAGCCGAUCUUUCUCAAAAGAUGCGUCCAUCAUUCUCAUAGGCUUACGAGGAAGUGGCAAGCGCUCAUUGGGGUUCAUUGCGUCAGCAGAACUGCAGUGGCGCUUUAUCACAGAGGACCAGUAUUUUGAAGAGAUGACAGGUGCAACCAGGGCCCAGUAUUUGCAUCAGUCGGGAAGAUUGGCAUUCCACAGGAAGAACAUUGAAGUGAUCAAGGCUAUGCUGGACAGGAACCGAAAGAGGUGUGUAAUAGAGUGCGGGCUGGGGAGCCUAGCAGGCGAAGUGCAAACAUUUUUGAAGGUGCUUUGCAAGACGAACCCUGUAAUUCAUAUUGUCAGAAAUAUGGACCAUAUCAGGGCUCUCUUGUGCCUUGGGGAUGCGGAAGCCAAGCUCAUGGAACGCGGCGAUCCGACCCAUGAGGUUUGUUCAAACUUCGAAUACUAUAAUCUCUACGAUGACAACUGUGAGACGUAUGGUGGUGCAGGGAACUUGGACAGGCGCUCGCCCAACUAUUCUUUCAAGUUGAAGGCAGCCAAAGAAGACUUUUGCUACUUUAUUCGUCAUAUACUAGGGCUGCCGCUUCCUAUCAUCAACGUUGCAACCCCAUUUGCACUGUCGUCCGUGCCAAUCGAAGACCGGCAUUACACAUUUGCGGUCACUCUUUGUCUCUCUGACAUAAUGUGUAAUGGAUUUGAUGCAGGGCAGCUCGAGUCAUGCGAAGAUGCUGUAAUCUUCAAAGUUGAUGACUUUUCGCAGAAUGCCCUGUCUCACAUACGCUGUCACAUAGCUUCUAUCAGAAGACAUGUAGGCGUUCCAAUCAUAUAUCAAGUGGAUCAGAGUGUACUUUCCAAUGUGCUGGAUGACCUGUCAAAGACAGACCGUGACUCAAUCCGUUACUACCUGAUGCGUCAAGGGCUUCGCUUGGGGGUUGAAUUCCUGGUUGUUGAGAUUGAUGACGACCACGACAAGCUACGAUCGAUUAUUUGCACGAAAGGUCGAACGAAGAUUAUUGGCCAUUCGUUCGAGCCGGAGCCAAGAUCGCCUUGCCAAAUACAAAAGGCGGUGGAGCUUGGUUGUGAUGUUGUACAACUUACCCAGCCUGCUUUGUCCGUCAAUGACAAUGACGACUUGCGAGAAUUCAAAAGACGUCUUCAAUCGUUGGUUACCCCUCGGGUUGUGUUAAUUGCCUACAACAUUGGAGAUCUGGGAAGGGAAUCGUUGUUCUCAAAUCAUACCUUAACACCGGUUCACUCUCUCCAUUCAAUUAAAGACGCCAAUCCAAUCCAUUUUCCCACCGCGAGAGAUAUUAUGAAAGAAUUAUUUGAUAGGGGGGUUUUUGAUCCCCUCCGUUUCUAUGUGUUUGGUGCCGGUGUCUCCCACAGUCUUGCCCCAGCAAUGUACACUGCUGCCUACCGAGCAUGUGGCUUAAGGCAUACCGCUGAAAAAUAUGUCACAUCUUCAUUAUCGGAUAUCCGGAAGGUCUCACAAGAUCCGCAGUUUGGAGGCGCUAUCAUCAGCUGGCCUUUCAAAGUGACCCUCCUGGAGAUUGUUGCUGGGAUAAGCACUCAUGCCCAGAAUAUUGGGGCAAUAAACACACUGAUGCCUCUGCGGUCGUCCAGGGAUGGUGAGAAUUUCCUUCCGGGCAGCCACAUAGCUGAUCGUGGGCGGGCCGGCCAUGUCGCUGGCUUGUAUGGGGAUAACACAGAUUGGGUUGGGCUGACGGCUUGUAUAACACGCAACCUGGCUCCGAGGAAUGUCAUACAGCCUUCCAAAACAACAGGAUUGGUAAUCGGCGCUGGUGGUAUGGCACGCGCGGCCAUAUAUGCCCUCUUGCAAUUGGGUUGCUUCAAAGUCUUUAUUUUCAACAGAACACCCAGGAAUGCUGAGAAAGUCGCAAGCCACUUUAACUCUUGGUUGCUUACAGAAGGGAGAGAGCCUCUCAAGGCGUGA